GCCCGUCUGUGCCCUGUAACUUUCCACAACGUGUGGUAGUAUAUUCUGAACUAGCAUUUUGACUAUAAAAAGCUUGACACUAGCUUAAUUCAUAUAGAAAUAUAAAUAGUCGAGGCUAUACCGUACUUUCGCCCGACACUCAGUUCAUCAUUAGUAACCAAGAGAGUCAUAAGUUCUUUGACGGAAGAGUGGCCGAACCGGACGUCCUCACACACCACAAAAACUUAGAGGAAAACACAUAUCGAUAAAUGGACUCGCACGAUAAGACCGCUGAGUGCGUGGCUAGACUCAAGAAGUUAUCUCGAGAUGGCUUUUACUUGCGUUACGGCGAUUACUUGGUGGAUUUAGAGGGCUCGGGCGAAAAUGCCUGGAGAGUGCGUAAGGAAGCGAACGCCGUAGCGAGGGAACUCCAAGGGCAACCGGUGGGAGAGACGCCGGAAAUGGAUGUUUCUACCGUGGAAGACUUUUUCUUGAACCAGCCAUGGACUGUCAUAGGCGACGUGCUAUGUCGGGAAGAAGAAGAAGAGAAGGAGAAGACUUACAAUGCACUCACUCCCUUGAGUGAUUUUAUCCGGGAGCUCGCGUGGAGGGUCAAUAUAUACGAUAUACUGGGAAUCCGCAUAGCCAUAAGCCUCUACGCGGGGAAAUACGAUUUCGCGCAUAGACCGGUCAGAGAGAUGGCGAGAGACGGCCGGUUCCAUCGUUUAGCUAGCAAACUCGACGAUGAUCUACGAGCACUUGUCACACAGAAGUGUAUCUCGGAGAAGGAUAGAGAAGCUGUUCGCCUGGCUAUUAUGAGGACAGCGAGACUUUAUUUUAGAGAGUUUCACUACGACGAGGACAGCUAUGAGCUCAUCAGCUGGACACGACCUCGGGGUAAGAACGGGACAUUCAACCGUCAGCGGGAGAUGAAAGACGUGUCCACUCAAACCAGCAAUGAUACGGGGUCUCGUGUAUAAGGGGACAAGAGGGGAGCUCAAUCGUAG